AUGGGCGCCCACAUCACCGGUUCGGGCAUCGCGCUUCCCGAGGCUAUCGUCACCAAUCAAGAUCUCGCCGAGAUUAUGGACACGUCCGACGAAUGGAUCACGAAACGCAGCGGUGUCCGACAACGCCACAUCGCGGGACACGGCGUCGGCUCAGCGGAACUCGGGACCCAGGCAGUACUGGCCGCGAUCGCCGACGCCGGCCUGCAACCCGAAGAUGUCGACGCCAUCAUCUCUGCCACGAUGACGCCGGAUCACUACGCCCCCGGCAACGCACCACUCAUCCAGAGCCGAGCUGGCCUUGGCAACAUCGGCGCGUUCGAAAUUCGCCAACAAUGCGGGGGCUUUCUCUACGGGAUGGACAUGGCCGACAUGUUGAUCGAGACCGAGCGGGCCGAGACCGUAGUUGUCGUUGGAUCCGAAGCGCAUCGCGGUUACAUGCCCUACGGAGCGAGCUUCGAUAUCCUGCUUGGUGAAUCUGAUGCCGAACCGACGCCGGAGGACUACGCAAACGCCACCGCUGCUCGUGCGUGGGCCGUUUUGUUCGGCGAUGCUGGCGCGGCGAUGAUUCUCCAACCCGGCACCCCCGACACCGGAGUGCUCGGCUCGAGCCUGCAUAGCAAUGGCGAUCUAUUCGAUCUCAUCCACGUCCCCGCACCCGGCUUUGUCCACCAACCAUGGUCGAGCAUCGAACAGAUCGAAGAAGGCCUGCACACUCCACAGAUGAACGGGAUCGAGCUCUUUCGCCAGGCUGUCCGCCUCAUGCCCGAGGCCGUGCUGUCGGUUCUUGAAGGAUCGGCCUACUCGCUCGACGAUGUUGACCUGAUCCUCGCACAUCAGGCCAACCAACGAAUUCUCGACGGGAUCGCCAAGCAACUCGAUGUCGCACCCGACCGGGUGCCUUCCAAUAUUGCAAAUUACGGCAAUACAACGGCUGCUACGUUGCCGUUGCUCUACCACGAUGUGAUCGAAGAGGGUUCGUUGAAGGACAACGCCCUGCUGGCCUUCACUGCUUUUGGAGCCGGGGCCCACUGGGGCGCCCUGCUGUAUCGCCAGCCCUAG